AGGCACCGGGGAGCAGAGGGUAAAGCGGCGCAGCUCCGGGCCUCCUCCCGCGCAAGUUCCCGAGAAGAGCAGGUCCGGCCCGCACAGACGUGCACGGUCCCCAGCCAUUAGGAGGAGCAGACGGUCCCCACCCCCACAAUCAGCCAUCUCUCGGGGUCCGCCCCUGCUCCCUGCCCACGACUGAGGCCUCUGGUUGCCCGCACCCUAAGGGGCAUCGCAGCCCGGAGCAACACCGCCCCCACCAGCCUUAGCUGAGCGCUCCCAUUGGCCAGAGGCCAGCGGGUGGGGGCUCCCAUUGGCCAUCGGCCAUAAUGCUUCCAUUGGUCGAAGGCCAGGCCAGCGGAGACUCCCAUUGGCCGAGGGCUGUGGUUCGCCGCACGGCCUACUGGGAGUUGUAGUCGCCGCGUCGCCGGUGCGGCCGCCAUUGUCCGGCGUUCGGCGAGUCGGGUGGUCCCUUUGGCUGGAGUGCCUCUCUGGUCUGGGGAUCACCUCAGGCGCUAUCCUUCACUGGGCGAUCCAGCAUGGACCCCGAGGACGAAGGGGUAGCGGGAGUGAUGUCUGUGGGGCCGCCGGCGGCCCGGCUUCAGGAACCAGUGACCUUCCGGGAUGUGGCUGUGGACUUUACCCAGGAGGAAUGGGGGCAGCUGGACCCUACCCAGAGGAUCCUCUACCGUGACGUGAUGCUGGAGACCUUUGGUCACCUGCUCUCCAUAGGUCCUGAGCUUCCGAAGCCUGAAGUCAUCUCCCAGCUGGAGCAAGGGACCGAGCUAUGGGUGGCUGAGAGAGGAACCACCCAGGGCUGCCAUCCAGGCUGGGAGCCUCGAUCUGAAAGCCAAGCAUCACGCAAGGAAGAGGGCCUGCCUGAAGAGGAGCCAUCCCAUGUCACGGGAAGGGAAGGAUUCCCGACAGAUGCUCCUUAUCCCACCACGUUAGGGAAAGACAGGGAGUGUCAGAGCCAGAGUCUGGCACUCAAGGAGCAGAAUAACUUGAAGCAGUUGGAAUUUGGCCUCAAGGAAGCACCAGUUCAAGAUCAAGGCUACAAAACUCUCAGACUCGGGGAAAACUGCGUCCUGAGUUCAAGCCCAAAUCCAUUCCCAGAGAUCUCUAGAGGGGAGUAUUUGUAUACUUACAACUCACAGAUUACAGACUCAGAACAUAACUCCAGCUUAGUCAGUCAGCAGACAGGCUCCCCAGGAAAACAGCCCGGUGAAAACAGUGACUGUCACAGAGAUUCCAGUCAGGCCAUUCCAAUUAUGGAACUCACAAAAAGCCAGGUGCAGGACAAACCCUACAAAUGUACUGACUGUGGGAAGUCAUUUAACCAUAACGCACACCUCACCGUGCACAAGAGGAUUCAUACGGGAGAAAGACCUUAUAUGUGCAAAGAGUGUGGGAAAGCCUUCAGCCAGAACUCCUCCCUCGUCCAGCACGAGCGCAUCCACACUGGAGACAAGCCCUACAAGUGUGCCGAAUGUGGGAAGUCUUUCUGCCAUAGUACACACCUUACCGUCCAUCGGAGGAUUCACACUGGGGAGAAGCCCUACGAGUGUCAGGACUGUGGGAGGGCCUUCAACCAGAACUCCUCCCUGGGGCGGCACAAGAGGACACACACUGGGGAGAAGCCAUACACCUGCAGUGUGUGUGGGAAAUCCUUCUCUCGGACCACUUGCCUUUUCCUGCACCUGAGAACUCACACCGAGGAGAGGCCCUACGAGUGUAACCACUGUGGGAAGGGCUUCAGGCACAGCUCAUCCCUGGCCCAGCACCAGCGGAAGCACGCGGGAGAGAAGCCCUUUGAGUGCCGCCAGAGGCUGAUCUUUGAGCAGACGCCAGCUCUCACAAAGCAUGAAUGGACAGAAGCCCUGGGCUGUGACCCACCUUUGAGUCAAGAUGAGAGGACUCACCGAAGCGACAGACCCUUCAAAUGUAAUCAGUGUGGGAAGUGUUUCAUUCAGAGCUCUCACCUCAUCCGGCACCAGAUAACUCACACCAGAGAGGAGCAGCCCCAUGGGCGAAGCCGGCGGCGUGAACAAUCCUCGAGCAGGAACUCACACCUGGUUCAGCAUCAACACUCGAACUCCAGAAAGAGCUCUGCAGGCGGAGCAAAGGCAGGGCAGCCGGAAAGCAGAGCCCUGGCUUUGUUUGACAUCCAAAAAAUCAUGCAAGAGAAAAACCCUGUGCACGUUAUUGGGGUGGAAGAGCCUUCUGUGGGUGCUUCCAUGUUAUUUGACAUCAGAGAAUCCACAUAGGAGAGAAACUUUGCUGAUGACUUUUAACCACAAGUAAAAAAUGUGAAGCAACCGUGACAAGUGGUGCCCGACCAGGGACCUGAACGAGGAAGGUCUGCCAGAGCAGAGAAAGUGAAACUGAUCAGACG